GAACGGAGACGAUCGAUGACGUUUUCAUAAGCUUGUUAAGUAGAUGUAGUACAUAAGUUCAAAGACAAAUUCAAAUGGAGAUUGUCACCUGAAAGGUGUCACUAUCCAAUUUAAAAUAAGGUCAACGUAGCAAAAGAAGUUGGAAUGACCAAGACAGAUAUCCACCUGUCUGACGGUACAACUCCUGCACAUUUUGUUUUGGUAUACAAGAAGAGUCUUUUAACAGUUGGGAGACAGGAGAAAUUAGAAUAUUAUAUAUGGAGCCUAACGAAAAAGGGUGUUAUUGUUGAGGCAGAUAAGUUUUCGGCAAACAAAAAUGUCGUGUUUGUUAAGCUACACGCGCCAAGUAAGAUCGUUGCUCGAUAUGCUGAUGCUUUCGAUUUUGAUCUCGUAUGUAGAAAUGCUGAAACGAAGCGGAAAUACCAAGACUGUUGUAGAAUCUUUACAACACCGCUUACAAGGCCUAAUCCCCUAGAUGAAGUCUACAGGAGAGCAUCAGUGACAGUAUCAGGGGGCGUUCCAGAGACUGCCACAAGAGCUGAGUCAAUAUGGGUGCUCGUAGAGAUUAUGAAUAAAACUAGGUUCGGACAAAGACCCAGCGAGUAUGGUAUCUAUAAAUUGCUUAAAGAAAAAGUAUUCAUCGACUCGUAUCCUCUGCACGAUGGGCCAUACGAAUGGACUGACAAUGGACAUUUGAAUGACAGACAGCUACUUGCACGGUAUUGGGGUUCCUUCAAAUGUCUAUAUAAAAUCCAACCGAUCCACCAAAUAGAACGUUAUUAUGGUCCAGAAUACGCAUUCUACUUCGCUUGUUAUGGAUUCUACGUUAAGAUGCUAAUCCCUGCAGCUGUCAUAAGUGUAUUAUGUGUCACUUUUGGUCUUGUGACACUUAAGAUGCAAAGGAUCAAUACACCAAGUGAGGAAAUAUGCUACAGCAAGAUGAUUAUUUGUCCUACAUGCCAUUUUCACACCUGCAAAUUUGAGCGACUCAGCGCUUCAUGUUUCUUUUCGUAUCUGACGUACUUGUUCAACAAUCCAGCAACUGUGGCGAUGUCUUGUAUGAUUUCCUUUUGGUCCACAGCUUUCAUGGAAUUCUGGCAAAGGAACCAGGCAAGUCUAAUGUUACGGUGGAAUCUAAUGUCUAUAGAAGUUGAUACAACUGCCAGACCACAAUUUGCUGAGAAAGCAUCGUAUAAUGUGUAUUCUGAAAUAACUGGAAAACUGGAACCAAUGAUUGCGUUGAACAAAAUCAUAUAUGCCUACGUGUUGACGACUUCCACAAUGAUUCUUCUGGUUCUAGUGAUGAUAUCAGCAUUCUUUGGUGUAAUGAUCUACAAAGUAUCAAUGUCCUACCUAAUUUUAGAAUUCGACAUUCCUGCUAUAAAGGACUAUAACCAGAUGAUAGCCUCCUUCACAGGGGCGAUGAUAUCAGCUUGUCUUAUUCAGGCACUCACAACGGGUUUUAAGAAAUUAGCAAUGUGGUUGACAAAUAUAGAAUACCACAGGACUCAAUCUCAAUUCGAUUACUCCUUCAUUUACAAAAAUUACGCAUUAUCAUUUGUAAAUAAUUAUUCUUCUGUAUUUUAUAUAGCUUUCUUCAAGGGCAAAUUCUUCACACACCCUGGAGACCUGCAGCAUAGGAGCUACUUUGGAGGCCUCAAAUCGGACGUCUGCAGUCCCACGGGCUGCAUCGCAGAUCUAAGCAUCAAUCUCAUGGUCAUUUUAUCAGCAAACAUAUUCGGCCGUAUGGUUUUUACAGCUAUCUUUCCAUACAUUUACACCAGGGUUAACGCUAUGGUCAAGCGUGUCUAUGAUUACGAUCAACUGCCCAAGCCUCAAGAAUUUCAACUACCUGUUUCUGGAUCGUAAUUCGCCGAGAUUUGAGCAAGAUUUGCUCAAUCUCCACCACAACUUCCUCGGAGAUCGACGGCUUCCUGCUUCGUUGUUCAUCGUGGAUGAUCCUACGGACGUCAGAGUACUCUCUUCAUGACCAUUUGAGGACACUGUUUUCCAUAUACUCCACUCAAGUGGCGAUAAAUUCCUAUGGCCAUAUGAACAGCAGUACCUUCAACCGCCAACCAAAGAGUACUUCUUAGUGGACGAAUAUAUGAAGAUGGUGAUCCAAUACGGUUUCGUGGUAUUUUUCAUAGCAGGUUUUCCCUUGGCCCCAGCCAUGGCGUUGGUCAGCAAUAUCUUUGACCUGAGGAUACAUGCAUACAGACUCUCUAGGUGUUUCAGAAGGCCUAUUCCUAAGAGAGUCGCUGGAAUUGGAGCCUGGUUUGGGAUUCUACAGGCUAUUACAUAUGCUGGCGUCGUAACCAAUGCUUUGGUGAUCGCCACAACCAGCGAGUUUGUUCCCCAAUUGAUCUACCUGAUUCGCAAUGAUUUUUCUCUGGAUGGCUACGUAAACUCGACGCUUUCCGCAUUUGCGGUAUCCGAUUUCCAAGCCUAUAGUCGCACCGUGGAUCCGCCAGAGAUCUGUUACUAUUAUGGAAAAAGAAACCCACCAGGACAUCCGCAGAAGUACGGAUUGACUGAAGAUUUUUGGUACACCUGUUGUAUCAGGCUCCUCGUGGUAGUCGUUUUUGAGCACAUCCUGAUGUUUGCGAACAGUAUGAUGGCCUACGCAAUCCCUGACGUUCCUCAAGAAACCAAAGAACAAAUAAUUAUCAACCAGAAGGAAGAAAGAGAGGUCAGAGUGAAGAUGGACAUUGAGCAUCUCAAAUUUCCAAGCUUAUCGAGAAGGACAAACGUCAU